GCACAAUCGCGUUCGUCUAUAAAAUCAAAAUAACGCACACACGGGUUUAUUCCUUGUCCAGCGGAGUUUUGUGUAGGAGAAGAAAAUGAACAAGAACAUUUGGAUACGUCUUGCUUGGGCAUUUGUGCUCGUUUUUGAAACAGUGAAAACGGUCCAGGGGCUUAAAUGCUAUGAGUGCGAUGACUGUGUCGAUCCGUUUAACAAAAACAAGGCAACGGAAGUCACGUGUGAUACCAGUUGCGGAAAAGCAAAAGAGACGACAGGGAGUAACCAAGCGGUUGCAAGAGGGUGUCUUGACAAAAAGAUUGACAAUGGAUGUGCUACUGGAGAAUUCAAGAAGGUAAAGGGCAGUAUUUGUGCCUGCAACAAGGACCUGUGUAACGCCGGGAACCAGCCCCAGGUGUCUAUCAUUCCGGUGGUGGCAGGAGCAGCUGCAGUCCUUACAAAGCUGCUACUGAAGCAGCUUUAAGUCUGUUUAUAGCAUUCUGUUGACUUGCAUGUCUCGAUUGUAUGAACACUCUUUGCUUGUGUAAUGAUUCGUAAUAAUAACAUACAACUUGACUGAUAUUAACAAAAUACCCGCUGGACUGGUUAUAUAAUCUUAUUUAGUCAAAUGACGCAUACAAUUCAAACAUUAAACAUUAACAUAUAUAUAUAAAUACAUUUUACCCAGCCAGCUUAUAAUACCCGUAGCCAUUGUUUUGUAAAUGAAAUCUUUGAUGUUGGGAUAAUCUUUGAGUGGUGUUUAUAUUAAUAUUUUAUUAACAAUGGACUUAUAAUCAUACCAGGAGCACAUUAGCUCUUAAAGCAAACACGGAUACAUGCAGAUUUUGUAUUAUAUUAUAUUCAGUUGUAUUGUAAUAUAAUAUUUGUUUUAAUUGUUUUAAAACGGUGGGGUUAUUUUAUGGCAAGGAUACGCUGAUACAACAAAUUAACGCUGAAGAAUGUAAACCAACUGUCUUUUAUCGCUAUCUACAUUGUGCUGUUACAAUUUUUUGUAUUAUUACUUAUAUCUUUUUUUCCCAUUCAUAUACUGUAUACUUAUACCUACUAAUGUUCUAUACUGUUAGUAAUUUUGUCAUUUGUAUACAUUGUAGUUUCAAUUAUAGAAGUUUACACCAUAUCAUCAGCACUUCUAACUGACAGAAGAGAGACAUAGCAUAAGCUUCGAGCUCUUUUCUCGAUUCUGUCAAAUUGUACUUUGCAGUCUUAAUGCUAAGCAAUCUAUCAAUGUCUACAUGUUUAAAUUUUUAUUCAAAAUUAGUAUGUAUGUUUUGUAUUGUAUUGCUAACAUGUGUUUGCGAAUAACUGAAUAAAUAUUGUUUAAACCA